AUGUUCCGGCUACUAAUCGCAGCCUUCUUCGCGGCAGUAUCAGCUAACGUCAUCGUCGACGGACCAUGUCCCGAUGUGAAACCAUUGGAGAAUUUUAACUUCCACGAUUAUCAAGGCACAUGGUACGAAAUCGCUAAGUUCCCUAACAGCGGAGAGGACGGAAGGAGGGGCAAAUGCACAACGGCUGAGUACACGGUGGACGGUGAAAAGGGCAAGGUGAAGAACUCCCAAGUUGUCGAUGGCGUGAAAACCUACGUUGCGGGCGAUAUUUCUUUGGCUGCUCCAGGCAAAAUUUUGAUCACUUACAAGUUCGGAGCGUACACGAAGAAUUCGAUCUUGACGAUUCUCGACACGGAUUACAACAACUACGCAAUCGGCUACAGCUGCAAAUUUUUAGAGAAUGAGAACAAACAUCAAGUUUUCUCCUGGAUCAUAUCGAGAAAUCAGUCCCUCGGUGACGCCAAGUCGAAGGUAGAUGAUUACUUAAAGAACAACGAUGCCAUCGAUACAUCCAAAUAUGUAUAUAAUGAGUAUACCGAAGAAGCUUGCAAAUUCACCUCCGUCCGAGCUAUAACGGAAAUUCAUAGGGGAAGGCAC